CCUUAAAAGUCAAAAGAAAAGAAAAUUUUGCAAGCAAUUUGAAGUUGCUACUAAUGGACGUCUCUUAUCUCCAGUCUUACAACAACGGAAGUCAAACCAGAAAUGGCAAUUUCACUAGAGGAGGUACCCUCAACUAUCACAGCAACAACAGAAGAAGGAGGAGGAGAUGCGGGCAAAGGAAAGUGGACGCACGCGGCUUUCCAUGUGGCCACAACGAUUGCUACACCAGCUGCUUAUGCUCCUUUGCCUUUUGCUCUCGCUUCUCUCGGUUGGCCCCUCGGUGUAAGUAGUUUGGUGGUUGGAACUAUGGCAACAUGGUAUUCCAGUUUGUUGAUUGCAUCUUUAUGGAGAUGGAAUGGGAAGAAGCAGAUUACUUACAGGAAUCUUGCAGAGAGCAUUUUCGGAUUCUGGGGUUACUGGUCUAUUGCAUUUUUUCAGCAGGUUGCUUCGUUAGGCAAUAAUAUUGCCAUUCAAAUAGCUGCUGGCAGCAGCCUGAAGGCAGUUUACAAAUACUACCACAGUGAUGGCAACUUAACCUUGCAGCAUUUCAUUAUUUUCUUUGGAGCCUUUGAACUUUUCCUCUCUCAACUCCCUAAUAUACAUUCACUAAGAUGGUUUAAUGCAUUGUGCACUUUGAGCACCAUUGGCUUUGCUGGUACAACUAUUGGUUUGACAAUUUAUAAUGGGAGAAAUAUAGACAGAGAAUCAAUCAGUUAUAGCUUGCGUGGAAGCUCCUCCUCUAAGAUUUUUACAGCAUUCAAUGCUCUUGGGGCAAUUGCCUUCUCAUUUGGAGAUGCCAUGCUUCCGGAAAUCCAGAAUACAGUGAGGGAACCUGCAAAGAAGAAUAUGUAUAAAGGAGUGUCAGCAGCGUAUGGUGUGAUAGUCUUGACUUAUUGGCAACUGGCCUUCUGUGGAUACUGGGCAUUUGGAUCAGAAGUCCAACCUUAUAUCUUGGCUUCUCUAACUAUUCCGAAAUGGACAAUUGUCAUGGCAAAUCUCUUUGCAGUGAUACAAAUAUCAGGGUGCUAUCAGAUAUACUGCAGACCAACUUAUGCCUACUUUGAGGAAACAGUGCUGUCCAACAAGUCAAUUAACCAAAUUCCCUUGAGAAAUUGCUUCAUCCGUCUUACUUAUACCUCAAUUUACAUCGUUGUCAUUAGCCUUGUUGCUGCAGCCAUGCCAUUUUUUGGGGAUUUUGUGUCCAUCUGUGGUGCCAUCGGGUUCACACCGCUUGACUUUGUUUUCCCCGCUAUAGCAUAUCUGAAGGCAGGAAGAAUGGCUAAAGACAGAAAACUCCAGUGCCCGAUACAGUUCCUGAACUGCAUGAUUGCUGCCUGGUUCUCAGUUGUUGCAAUAUUGGGUUGCAUUGGUGCAGUAAGAUUUAUCAUAGAAGACAUCAAGACAUACAAGUUCUUUCAUGACAUGUAAGAUUUGAGGUUGAUAAAUUGGGAACUCUAAAUUAUUUUGUCAAGCAGGCAGUAGAUCUUAAUGGAAAGCACGUAUGUAAACUAGUUUAUUUUGUUAGCUUCGCCUUAACAUGAUAGAUUACUGCAAAAUUAGCUUAUCUCAUAGGAAAUGAGUUUGUUAUUUGACUAAUAAUAACUUUGGGAGGUUUUAUGGAAAUUUCAAAUAAUUUCAACAGGA